GAUAAUUUGACUAUUUCACUUGUCGUAAAAGUAACUUUCUGAUAAUUUUUGUUCUAUAUGUCUCAGAGUAUGGCAUGAACAGCCAAGUAUCUACUCAUGGAGAUGUAUACAGCUAUGGGAUACUUUUGCUAGAAAUGCUUACAGGUAGAAAGCCAUUAGAUGAUUCCUUCAAGGAUGGCAUAAGCCUCCACAUUUUUGUUCAAAAUGCAUUGCCAGAGCAUGUAAUUGACAUCAUAGAUCCAAUUCUUCUACUUGAAGAGAAUGGGGGAGAAACUGUCGAUGAAAUGUUAAAAAGACAGGAAUGCUUGACUUCAAUGCUCAAAAUAGGCCUCUUCUGUUCAAAGGAAUCACCCAGGGAGCGCAUGGGGAUUGAAGAUGUAAUCAAGGAACUUCACUCUAUUAGAAACAAGAUUCAAACUCUUGAAGCCAGAAGCGAGAGUUACAAAGACAAGCAAACUGGAGAGGGAUCAUCACACAGUAUGUACUCGCAAAUCUGAUGUAAAUGAGAGCAAAGGGAAGAAAAACAAUUUUUCACAUUCUACUUCCACAUUCAAUAGAAUGUGAAAAAUGGUUUUCAGCAUUCUACUGAUGUUCUAUUGAAUGUGAAAUAGUUUUCCACAUUCUAAACACUUCCACGCAUUCUUUAAUCUGGAAAACAUUUUUCCCUUUAUGCUCCUUUCUAAAUUAUCUCUUGAACAUGCUUCUUCUACUUAAUUGGAUUAUAAAAAAUGCUCCUUUUUAUAAAUUGCUGUUAUACAACUAUAUUCAAUGGGAAGAAGAUGACAUACUAGGGGUUUCAAUACAUGACGUAGCCCGAACCUGAUUCAAAAAUUUCAGGUUCAGGUUGACCCAUUUAACAUAUGAGCCGUGUUUAGAUUCAAGUU